UUAUUAUUAAAUCCUAGUAGUUCCGUGCAUUGACUCCCCAGAGAAAAUCUUCAUGCAAAUAUAUAAUUUGAAUUUGCUUAAAGGCAAAAUAAGUGCAAAACGGUGAAAUGACAAGUGGUCAUGCUUAAGUACUGCAGUUAAUGGACCAAAUUCUGUUCUCAGUAUAUGGAUGCACACCCAUUGAAGUCAGUAGCAUUGCACAAAUCUUAAAAGAACAGUUUGAUUCAGUAUGAGAUCGAGUUUACAUUCCUCGCAGGAAGAAUUCUUACUCCCAUUGCGAGGGGGAGAACGAGAUCAGCAAAUGAUGCAAGAGCCCUUUCUGUUUGCAUAUGAUAUAUAAUAGCAUAUUUGAUAUAUAAUAAAUCUAUAAUUGUUUGGACUUCUAUCAGUAAAAUGUAUAAUGAAAUUUAUUUUACAGCAUAUUUUAAAAACGUAUGCCAUGAUGACAUCUCAGGCAACUUCUAUAAACCAAACGCUGCUUUGUGACCGCUGGAAAACAGAGAUGGGUGGAAAGCUUUGCCUGAUGCAAACAGCUGCAAAGUUUCUUCUUGAAAAGCUGUGUUGUUGUGUAGUAUAGUAACUCUGGGAGCCUCCUUAACAGUAGGAGGGGCUCCUUGGGGGUUGCUGUCAAUCUCGUUAAGCCUUUCCUUUCAAGCUUUGAAUGUGAGCUGCCCACCAGCCCCCCUUUCUCCCGUAGAUCGUAAAGAAAAAAAAGUUUCAACAACAGGCUGGACCAAUAGUAAGUCGAAAAGCAGGGAAAGGGGGCCGAGCGAAGGGAGAAAAGUGGAGAAAAGGAGAAAGAGAGCGACUAGGGAGAGAGAGCGCAGGCUGCGGGCAUGUGUAAAAGGGGAAGAAGCGUUGCUAAUUGUUUUGUUUGUUUGCUUUUCCAUGCAUGCAUAAUGAGGCUUCAUCAGAGCACGUUGCUGCUGCUCGGAGGCCACUUUUGUAUUUAAAGCCUUGCAAAGAAAAAAAGCUCCACACCGCAGAGCAGAGCAGCUUGCGAGCUUGUUGACAACAGAAGCAGCAUCAACCGCAGAGACGGAAAGAAAAGGGAGACCCUGAGCCAGCUAUUUCCCCCCUUUCUCUAUUUUAUUGCCAAAAAGGGGAUUUCUUUCCCCUUCUUCCCAAAAGUGCAACAGUAUAAGUGAACGAGCGGAGCCGGGACCGUGAAUGGGAUCGGAGCGGUUUGUGCGGCUGGCAUGUGCGGAGAUGCUGAGAGCGGAGAGUUGAAAGCUCCCGAGGAAGCAGCAGCAGCUGGGCAUUUAUUUUGUGCAAAAAGAGGGAAGAAAGGGAUCUGCAUGAGAAGCAGGGCAGCAACAUGAGCUCCCCCGGCGCAGCCUGCAAGCCCCCGAGUGCACUCAGGAGCCGCUCUCCUCCCAGCCCCCAGUUGCACUGAUUAACUAAGGGAACUCUUGCGGCAACCGCAGCCAGGGACUCGGGGGUGGGGGUUGUACUGCAGCCCGCUGUUCCAGCCUCGGAGGGGCCGCGUGGAUGGAUUGAUGAGGGGAAGCCUCAUGCACACAGCUGGCAGGAGUUUUGCAAACUUUUCUACGGGCAGCUGCUCCUCCUCCUCCCCUCAUCGACCCUCUUGCAGCCGCCGCCGCCCGCAAUGGUGGUAGGUUCGCCCGCUCUGCAUGAAGGAGGCGGCGGCGGCCGCCGGUGGCUGAUGCCGGGCGCCUGGCUCUGGCUGACGGUGGUGCUGGGCGCGGUGUCCCCCCCGCGGGUGCACGGCCGGAGGCUGAUCUGCUGGCAGGCGGUGCUGCAGUGUCAGGGGGAGCCCGAGUGCAGCUACGCGUACAACCAGUACGCCGAGGCGUGCGCCCCGGUGCUCCUGCAGCAGCACCCGGCCGGCAGCGCUGGGGCCGCUGCCGCCUCCUCCCGGCGGCGGUGCCCGAGCCACUGCAUCGCGGCCCUGAUCCAGCUCAACCACACCCGGCGGGGCCCGGCGCUGGAAGAAUGCGACUGCGCCCAGGAUGAGACCUGCUGGGCCACCAAGCGCGCCAUCGAGCCCUGCCUGCCCCGCACCAGCGGCGGGGCCGGGGGCGCGGCGGGCGGCGGAGGCGGCGGGGUGAUGGGCUGCACCGAGGCCCGGCGGCGCUGCGACUGGGACAGCCGCUGCAGCGCGGCGCUGGGCCGCUACAUGGUGUCCUGCGGCAAGCUCUUCAACGGGCUGCGCUGCACCGAGGAGUGCCGGGCCGUGAUCGAGGACAUGCUGGCCGUGCCCAAGGCCGUGCCGCUCAACGACUGCGUCUGCGACGGGCUGGAGCGGCCCAUCUGCGAGACAAUGAAGGAGAACAUGGCCCGCCUCUGCUUCGGCGCCGAGGCGGGCGCCAACGGCGCCGGCAGCAGCGGCGGCUCGGACGGGGGGGCGGAGGAUUACUACGAUGAUGAGUACGGGGACGAGCCAGAUGAGCCCGGCCCCCAGCCCGGCUUCCCCGCGCCGGCCGAUCGCGCCUGCCGAGCGCCCGCCCCAGCAGCCUGGACCGCGCUGGCCUCCAUUUUGCUGCUGCUGCUGUAGCCUCCGAGUCCCCAUUUGCUUCAGGGCUCGCGCGCGCGCGGCGCUCGGGACACGUGGGGGGAUCCCGGGUCCCAGACGUCCCCCCGGGAUCAUUUAGGGGGACGCUCCCCUCCUCCUCCU